UCCCACCCCAAGGGUGCCACCGCCUCCUCCAUCUCUCGGAGCUGGAGCCUCUUCCUCGGCCAGUGGCGUAGCCGGACUCUGAGUCAGUGCCAGGCACCUAGGGGCGGAGGUCCGCAGCCUGGUGUAGACCCGAGCGGGGGGGCCAUGGAGAAAGCGGCCCGAGGCGCUCUCCAAACUGACUGAGAGGGCCCGUUGCGGCUGCAGGCGCCAUGGACCGAGCCCCAGCAGACCAGAAUGUCAAGCUGUCAGCUGAGGUGGAGCCAUUUAUUCCCCAGAAGAAGAAUCCUGAUACGUUUAUGAUCCCUAUGGCACUCCCAAAUGAUAAUGGAAGUGUUUCUGGUGUAGAACCAACUCCAAUUCCCAGCUACUUGAUUACCUGUUAUCCAUUUGUACAGGAAAACCAGUCCAACAGACAGUUUCCAUUAUAUAACAAUGAUAUACGAUGGCAACAGCCCAAUCCGAACCCAGCUGGACCAUACCUCGCCUACCCCAUUAUAUCUGCUCAGCCACCUGUUUCUACAGAGUAUACAUAUUAUCAGCUGAUGCCAGCACCAUGUGCCCAAGUUAUGGGUUUCUAUCAUCCUUUUCCUAUACCUUAUUCCAACACCUUUCAAGCUGCAAGUACUGUAAAUACUAUAACCACAGAAUGCACUGAGCGUCCAAAUCAGCUUGGACAAGUCUUCCCAUUGUCCAGUUAUCGAAGCAGAAACAGUAACAGAGGACCAGUGGUACCAAAACAACAGCUUUUACAACAUCACAUAAAAAGCAAAAGGCCACUGGUGAAAAAUGUAGCUACUCAGAAAGAGACAAAUGCAGCAGGUCCUGAUCAUCGGUCAAAAAUCGUGCUUCUGGUAGAUGCUUCACAGCAGACCGAUUUCCCAUCAGAUAUCGCUAACAAGUCUCUCUCAGAGAGCUCUGCCACGGUGCUUUGGAAGUCCAAAGGCAGGAGGAGGAGAGCAUCCCACCCUACCGCUGAAUCCUCCAGUGAGCAGGGAGCGAGUGAAGCUGACAUUGACAGUGACAGUGGCUACUGCAGUCCCAAACACAGCAACAACCAACCCGCCACGGGGGCUUCACGAACUGAGUCUGGCCCCAUGAAUAAUGUGGAAUCAUCUGUAUGUACAGGUGGUGUAAAUUGGUCCAAUGUAACUUGCCAGGCAACUCAGAAAAAACCUUGGAUGGAAAAAAAUCAGACAUUUUCUAGAGGUGGAAGGCAGACUGAACAAAGAAAUAAUUCACAGGUUGGAUUCAGAUGCCGAGGACAUAGUACUUCCUCAGAAAGAAGACAGAAUUUGCAGAAGAGACAAGAUAAGCAGUUAAACCCCAGUCAGUCUCAUAGAAAUGACCCAAAUUCUGAGUCUUUAUAUUUUGAGGAUGAAGAUGAAUUUCGAGAACUAAAUGAGAAUGGAAAUGCUAAAGAAGAGAAUAUUCAACAGAAACUUUCUUCAAAAGUAUUGGAUGACUUACCAGAAAACUCACCAAUCAAUAUAGUUCAGACUCCAAUUCCCAUUACAACCUCCGUUCCUAAACGUGCAAAAAGUCAGAAGAAGAAAGCUUUAGCUGCAGCCCUUGCCACAGCUCAAGAAUAUUCAGAAAUAAGUAUGGAGCAAAAAAAAUUACAGGAAGCUUUAUCAAAGGCAGCUGGAAAAAAGAGUAAGACACCUGUGCAGCUAGACUUGGGGGACAUGUUAGCAGCUCUGGAAAAACAACAACAAGCUAUGAAAGCACGACAGAUUACUAACACCAGACCUCUGUCAUAUACAGUGGUCACUGCAGCUUCUUUUCACACUAAAGACUCUACUAACAGACAACCUUUAACCAAAAGUCAACCUUGUUUGACAUCCUUUAAUUCUCUGGACAUUACUUCCUCUAAAGCAAAAAAAGGAAAAGAGAAGGAAAUUGUAAAACUAAAACGGCCCACUGCACUUAAAAAGGUUAUUUUGAAAGAGAGAGAGGAAAAGAAGGGCCGUUUAACUGUGGACCACAAUCUUUUGGGAUCUGAGGAACCAAUAGAAAUGCACUUAGAUUUUAUUGAUGAUUUGCCACAGGAGAUUGUUUCCCAGGAAGAUACUGGACUGAGCAUGCCCAGUGACACUUCACUCUCUCCAGCAAGUCAGAACUCUCCAUACUGUAUGACACCUGUGUCACAAGGCUCUCCAGCUAGUUCUGGGAUAGGCAGUCCGAUGGCAUCUUCAACAAUAACCAAAAUCCACAGCAAAAGAUUUAGAGAGUAUUGUAAUCAGGUUCUUUGUAAAGAGAUUGAUGAAUGUGUGACUCUUCUUCUUCAAGAGCUGGUCAGUUUCCAGGAACGCAUCUAUCAAAAAGACCCAGUAAGAGCAAAAGCAAGGAGACGGCUGGUUAUGGGGCUGAGGGAGGUUACCAAACAUAUGAAGUUAAACAAGAUCAAGUGUGUUAUAAUUUCUCCUAACUGUGAAAAAAUCCAGUCCAAAGGUGGCCUGGAUGAGGCUCUCUAUAAUGUUAUAGCCAUGGCACGGGAACAAGAAAUCCCUUUUGUGUUUGCCCUGGGAAGGAAAGCUCUAGGACGCUGUGUGAACAAGCUGGUUCCUGUCAGUGUAGUAGGAAUUUUCAACUACUUCGGUGCUGAGAGCCUGUUCAGUAAGUUGGUAGAACUCACUGAGGAAGCCAGGAAAGCAUAUAAAGAUAUGGUUGCAGCAAUGGAACAAGAGCAGGCAGAGGAAGCCUUAAAGAAUGUGAAAAAGGUGCCCCACCACAUGGGGCACUCCCGGAACCCCUCAGCAGCAAGCGCCAUUUCUUUCUGCAGUGUCAUUUCUGAACCCAUCUCUGAAGUAAAUGAAAAGGAAUACGAAACGAAUUGGAGAAACAUGGUGGAAACUUCAGAUGGACUGGAAACAUCAGAAAAUGAGAGAGAGGUUCCCUGUAAACACAGCUCAUCUGAAAAGUCCAGUAAACUUCCAUUUGACACAGGCCCUGUCGGUAAGCAGUCCCCGAUAGUGGCUGCGGGCAGCACUACCUCAGCUCCGAACCCUGGGAAAUCGGCAGUGAGUGAUAAAGAGGACGUGAAGCCAGAUGACCUGGAAUGGGCCUCCCAGCAGAGCACCGAAACUGGCUCUCUGGAUGGCAGUUGCCGAGAUAUUCUGAAUUCCUCCAUCACUAGCACCACCAGCACUCUUGUACCUGGCAUGCUUGAAGAAGAGGAGGAUGAAGAUGAGGAGGAGGAGGAAGAUUAUACUCAUGAACCCAUAUCUGUAGAAGUACAGCUCAAUAGUAGAAUUGAGUCUUGGGUUUCUGAGACCCAGAGAACGAUGGAAACUCUUCAGCUUGGGAAAACCCUUAACGGUUCUGAGGAAGACAACGUAGAGGAGAGUGGGGAAGAGGAAGCAGAGGUGCCUGACGUGCUGGAGCCAGGGAUGGACAAUGAGGCCUGGACUACUGACCACCAAGUAAGUCUGGAGCAGCAGAAGCCCAGCAGCUGUAGCCCUCUGGACAGCCAGCACUCCAACUCAAAUUAUGCGCCCCCAAAUCUUUAACUCAGGAAAUGCCAGCUUUCUGUCUCCAGCUGUGUAAGGGUUACAGCCAUUAUCUUAUAUGCUUCAUCUCAACAUUUUGCACUGUCCAAUAUUUAAUAUAUGUAUUUAAUUCCCGACAGAAAUAUUUUUGUAGCUGUCUUUUACUUGAUUUGUUAUGACCUCCAGCUUAGCUUUUAAUUAGCAUCUCAGUGUCUUUCUGAGAACUGUGUGGAAAAUUCAGAAUUGUUUCAGCUUAUAUUAUUAUGGGAAGUAAUGAUUUAAAAAAAGAACAAGACCGAGUUUUAAAGAAAACAAGUUUAAAAUACUGACUUAGAGUCAUUUUGAAAGUUAAAGAUCAAGGUUCUAAGGAUAGGAGCAGUUACCAGUAUUUGCUUCAAGACUGCUUUUGCUCUAACCGGUCUGGCCAAGACGUUUGGGCUUCUUCCAAAGAACUGGCGGUAGAGCUAGAAAAUUAAAAAAGUGUCUGAGCAAAACUUAAGUUCACAAGGUGUUUUGUGUUAAGGAUUGAUGCAACUUUUUUUGGCCCACAAAUGCACCUUUCAGAAGUUGCUGGUCAUUGUGAUCGACCGAAAUUGGGAUGGGCUAAAAUGGAACCUCUGAUACUUAGGUGAGCAAAGGGGCGUCCACGAUGAGAGCGGCCUUUCUAGUGCGGCGUGACAGGUGGUGUUUGGACAGUGAAACGUCACCCAUGGUGGGACCUUCCAGGUUUUGUCUCACAUUUGCUUCUUACCUCAGGAAUGCUUUUGUAUAUACUCAUAUUUGCAUAAAGUUAGGCAGGUUUUUGACAUUAAAUAACUGAUUGUAUGACUGCAGCUCUUACAUGUAACUGAUCCAGAAACAAAAUCUUAUACUGGUGUAUUCUCUUGCAUGCUUCUGAUUCAGGACUUUCACUUUGAGACGUGGAUUUGAUGGGGUAUCCAAAUUUGUCCUGAGUGGGAAACCAUUUCACUUUUUAAAAAAUAUAUAUAUAUUUUGCCCCUCGCCUCAAGCACUUGCCAUGUAGCACUAAUCAUAGUUACUGAUAGGAGGUCAGGGGAAGGAACCUCAUGUAACGUGUAAUGGUAUCCAGGUAAUCAAGGGCUGGAAGAGGAAGUUUUGAAGAAAAGGGCAAGUUGUUCUAAUUGUGCUGAAACUAUCAUAUUAUUUAGAGUAUGCAGCUGUACACAGGUAUUGAUACUUGAUCACUAAUUACUUAUCCCUGCCCUUCUCGAGGAAUGUGUAUACCUGCUUGGGAGAAAUACUGAGCUCAGUGUUUUAUUCACUAGUCAGUCACCACCUGGUAGUGAGCGGCCUUUACCAGUGUACGUAACUGUGGGAAAAUUACAAACUACCUGUUUUCCUGUCUUCUCUCCAGCUCCACCCCCAACUGACCAACACACACACAGACACUCCAGCCUUACGCUUACAAGCUCCCAUCAGCAGGCACAGAACCGAGGAGGGAGGGGUAUUUUCCCUGCCCUGGUUUUAUAGGGCAGGCUUUGCCUCACAGAGGCAGGAGGGAAGAAUUGGGCGGAUUCUUUACUGAACUCAUUCAGACUACUGUGCUAUUUUUGAUGUUUUAUAAUCUUGGCAUUUAAUUACUGGAGAGAUCAGAUCCUUGAUAGAUGAUUUAGUAUUUGUGAAUUGUGGAAGUUUGAGCAUUGCUGUGUAGAACACAUCAGUCUGCCAACUUGAUUAGUGUGCUGAAAGGGGACGUAGCUGUGCUGUCCUGUCUGACCUGUUCUCUGGAGCAGGCGCCAUGGGCGCAAAGCGUCCAGUACGACAGGAACCCAGCGUGAGAGAAUGAAGCCUCAGACUUAACAAUCAUGGGUUUGUAAGUGGCAGAUCUUUCUGACUCUAUGCAUUUGGAAAUGUUAGUUGUUUUAAAGAAAUGAUAGAGUUUUUGAACUACUGACAGUCUUAAAAGUAAACUUAAAAGCUUUUCAUACUUUUUAAUGGUGUAAAUUUCCUUUGAUGUCAGUGAUUCAGUAACUCUUGAUCAAGGCAGUGGCUUUUCAAAGGUUUCUUAUAUUUUAUAUCUCUUCUGAAUGAGAAUUGUCAUUUUAGAUUUUUGACAUUUGUAUCAAAAGAGAAGUUGAGGAAAUCUUCGAAACACACAUAACUUUCCUUUUUGCUAUAGACUUUAGAAGUGUUUAAUUACGUGUUCAAUAAACGCUCUUGCACGGGCAGUACCCCUGCCAGCAAACCCAAGGGACCACAGGCUUUUAUAUGAGACAGGUCACCUCCAGAGGAAAGCCCAAAAUUUAUUAAAGGAAAUGUUACUGUGUUGAAAUACACUAAGCAAAUAUUAAUAAUGUCUUUAUAAUUUGUUUCCUUUAGAGAAAUUCUGGAAUGUGUGUAUAUUAUAUACAGGAGAAAGUGUGAAGAUUAAGGAAGUGGGUGUUUUUUUGUCUUUAGGGCUUUGGUCUGAGGUCAGUGCCUCUUUGGACCUAGAGAGAGAUCUAAUGGUAAGAGUAGGGUUCAUCAUCGCAAAAAAUAAAAACCAUAGUGACUUUUUUCUUAGUGUGGAGGUGGUCUUCCUGGCAAUAAUUAAUACUAGAUUUUCAUUCAGUACAUAAGUAUCUGAAUUACAAUAUGAAUUGCACUCCCAGAGCUAGAUUUCUGCUUCAUUAGGUUUGUUUACUGUGAGGAUCACUUCUCAAAAGACAAAAAGGUUCAUAUUAGCUUAAGUUUUGGUUUCAGUAUAUUUGUAAAUGAUGUAAUAUAUUUCUUUUGACUAAACAUGGGAAAAAUAAUCUGUUAUACAUUGAGAAGUUUUUAAUGGCUUUGAGUGGAGGUCAUUUUUUGCAGAGAUGGUAUUUUAUAUGCUUUCAGUAUUUGGAAAAGAAUUAGUCAAAAGGAAUUUACAUAGUUUAAAUAUUGAGAAAUUAAUAUCCAAAUAAUGUACUUGUCUGAUUUCUUAAUAAGCUGGGGGAGGUGGGUUGGGUGGUAAUUGUAAUGUGCAAAUGAAUAGUGAACUCUACAUUCAUUUUUCAGCUGUUUAACAUAAAACUGUUAAAUCUUAACACAUUGUUACUUUAAUAUGUGUAUAAAUAAGUAUUACUGUUUGUAAAGCUGCUGUUUGCUUUAAAAACCUGUCAUUUAAGUAUUUCCUGUAUGUUGUGCCAACAGGUUAGAAUAUUAACUUUUCUGUUUAAAAACUUUAUCAUUUUUUGAUUUAAAAAUUUUUUUCUGUGAAAUAAGUUAUUUACAGGCAUCUUCUCCCUCACCCCUUCCAACCUUUAUACACAUCACAGAAUCAACCAAACUGUUUGGUUGAUUCUAAUACCUGAAUCUUAAGUAAUCAUAAAUUUUAAACUUGGUUGGCACACCAUACCUUCAAAGUAUUUGUAUUCUUUUGUAAUUUAAUUUCUAAAUAUACCACAUAAAUUUAUAAUUUAAUGUGUUAAUUGUAAUGCUCUAAUAAAAAACUAGCAAAAUUAGUAUGAACUAUAACAUAAAGGGAUUAUCAUCUUGUUCUUUUGCUGUAUGAAGGAUAAUUGUUAUUUCACAUUUUAGGGGUAAUAACAGCUUUUUUGCACUAUGUAAAUACUAGUGAAGAUUCUUCUGUAACUAAUAAAAUGAUUAUUGAAA